AUGCCUGUAACAGACGAUCCAGACCCAAGUCCGACCAACCCCACCGACUCCAUUGAACUUGAAAAGCAACAACCAAGUCAAGACCUAGAAAAUCAGCUUACGCAAAAUAUUGAACUCGACCAUGAGAAAUACUCUGCAUUCACCAUCAAUGAGAAGAGGGCGAUGGUUGCUGUUGGCUCUCUUGCUGCCUUCUUUUCGCCUUUAUCGUCAGCCAUCUAUUUCCCGGCACUCGACACUAUCGCAUCAGCUCUCAAUGUAUCAACUUCGAAGAUCAAUAUCACCGUCACAACCUACAUGAUCUUGCAGGGAGCUGCGCCAAUGUUUAUCGCCGGCUUCUCCGACUCAGCAGGAAGACGCCCCGCCUACAUAAUCUGCUUCACGAUUUAUUUAGCAGCCAACCUUGGCCUCGGUCUUCAAAAUAGCUACCCGGCCUUACUUGUGCUCAGAAUGCUGCAAAGUGCUGGCAGCAGUGGUACCGUGGCACUUGCCAAUGGACUAGUAGCAGACAUGAUCACAUCUUCGGAGCGAGGCAGCUACAUCGCUUUUGCGUCCCUCGGAAGCAUGCUGGGUCCAUCACUAUCUCCCGUAGUUGGUGGACUGAUCAGCCAGUACUUGGACUGGCAUUGGAUCUUCUGGUUUCUCCUAAUUCUCGGCGGCGUGUACUUUGUCGGUCUUGCAUUGUUCUUGCCGGAAACGUGCCGCAAAGUCGUUGGAGAUGGAUCAGUCCCGCCGCCCAAUUUGAACACGUCUUUGACUGAUAUUAUCCGACAAAGGCGGCGCGUUAGGAAAGGUGUCAAUCCGGAUCCUGAAAAGGUUGCUGAGGUUCGCCAAAAUUACCGCCUGCGCAUCCCUUCACCUUGGCCGACUUUGAAAGUCUGCUUUGACCUGGAAACGUCGUUGAUCUUACUAACGACAGGAUUGAUGUUUGCUUGUUUCUAUGCUGUCAUGACUGGAGCAACGACUUCUUUCCACGAAGUUUACCACUUCAACAAUAUCCAAACAGGAUUGAUGUAUCUACCCAUCGGUGCAGGUGGAAUUGUAUCCGCUUUUACGACAGGCCGCAUCGUCGACUGGAAUUUUCGUCGCCAUGCCAAGAGGGCUGGACUCCCAGUGUUAAAAAAUGUACGACAAGACCUUCGAAACUUCAACAUUGAGAAAGUCCGACUGCAGGUUGCGCUACCGCUGUACUACACAAGUCUGGUAACAGUCAUCGCCUACGGAUGGGUGCUAGGACGGAAAGUGAACGUCGCAGCCCCUGUUAUCCUGUUAUUUAUCUGCGGGUGGGCUUUAAAUGGCACAUCGCAGGUUUUGAAUGCAUUGAUGGUGGACAUAUGGCCGGGCAAGUCUGCCUCUGCUACAGCAGCAAAUAACUUAUUUCGAUGUGAACUUGGCGCUGCGGCAUCUGCUGCGAUCAGCCCAAUGAGUCAGGCUAUGGGUUCAGGGUGGGCCUAUACAACACUGGCUUUAAUUGCGCUUGCAGCAUCACCUUGCUUCUGGAUUAUGAUGACUCAUGGGAUAAAAUGGCGACAGAAGAGACUUGGGAAGAAAGAAGAUACCCCUAAAAUUGAUGUAAAGGCUUAG